AUGGAUCGGGUGUACGCUAACUCCGUUGUCACAAUUAUCGCAGCCUGCGGCAGCGGCGCCGACGAGGGCCUGCGAGUUAAGGCUUAUAUCGUUGAGGGCACUGGUGGGCAGUUUACGGCCUUUCUGUAUGUCUGGGCGUUCUCUGGCUUCUCCUUCUACUUCGGACCGGAGCUCAUCGUUCAUACUGCUGGCGAGAUGAUCAACCCGCGCAAGAACCUCCCAACCGCAGCCCGACGCUUGUUCUACCGACUCAUCAUAUUUUAUGCCCUGGGAGCCCUGGCAAUCGGGGCUAUUUGUGAUUCGGAAGACCCGAGCCUGACGUCCGGCACCGGCGACGCGAACGCAUCUCCGUGGGUCAUCGCUAUCAGGAACGCCGGCAUCACUGCCUUGCCAUCGAUUAUUAAUGCUGGUAUCCUCAUCAGUGCCUGGUCCGCCGGCAAUUCCUAUCUCUACAUGUCGAGCCGCUCGUUAUACUCCCUCGCCGUAUCCGGGAACGCGCCGAAGAUCUUCACACGGUGUCUCAGGAAUGGACUGCCAAUCUAUGCUGUCCUCGCUAGCAGCCUGUUUGCGCUGCUCGCCUAUCUGAACUGCAGUUCCCAGGCCGGCGAGGUGUUCAACUGGUUCAUCAGCCUUACGAACACGGCCGGGUUUACUUCUUGGGCCGUCUGCUGCGUUACCUUCAUUCCCUUCCGCAAAGGAUGCCUCGCUCAGGGGGUCAGCGUUCCCUACGGCUCACGCUUCCAACCGUACGCUGCGUAUAUCUGUCCCCCGAUUUUCAUCUUCCUGCUGCUCUGCAAUGGGUUCACGGUGUUCUAUCCUGGGCAGUUCACCGUUAGCGGGUUCUUGACGACGUACCUGGGCAUCCCGAUCUUCCUCGUCCUCUGGUUGGGGCAUAAGUUGAUCGUGGCGAGGAUUGAACCUUGGCUCUACAAGGCUGAUUCAGUCGACUUGAGCAGUGGUGUGGCGGAAGUCGAGGCUGACUCUGCAGAGUGGACUAGGAUGGAGGAAAUGAAGCAGUCCCGGGAGGGUACAACGGCUGCCAAGGAAUGGUUCAAGAAGGUGUCUGUCAUCUGGGGAUAG